AUGCCCAUGCAUUGGACAGAUACUUCGGAUGCGCAUCUAUUCGCGCAUCUCCUUCGCACGCACAAGUUCAAGAUCGAUAUUGAUGCACUUACUGAGGCGAUGCGCAAUGAGGAACAAUUGUCACCGGGUGCAAUUGAUCGUCGGAUCAAGAAUCUUCGAAGUGGCAGAGCUGGGCCAGCGCUGGGGAAUCCAAAGAAAUCGGACGCAACAUCGCCAAUCACUCGAUCUCAUACAGUCAAUGACGACCCUCCCAGCACAAACAGCGAUGUGACUUCGCCUACGCCAAACCAGAAAAGAAAACGGGCAUCUGGGCACGAGACCGAUACCGAGACCAAUGAAAGACCCAAACCAAAAUAUAACAAAAAGCAACGACGCUUCUCCCAUCCUGGAAACCCCACAAAGCCCCCAAAUAUGCCACAUACUCGAGUCGCAAACUUAAGCAACAGGCCGUCUUCUGCCAAGGAUGGCAUGGAAGAAAGACAUGUCAGAUUUACUGACAAGGAAGGUAAUGAGAAUAGAGAUCGGAUGCGAGACUGGUUAGAUUUGAUAUAUCCAUUUCUCGCCAAGAUCAGUAGGGAUCCUGUCUUCAGAGAAGAUAUUGAGAAGCGUUGA